UGACAGACCUAUCUGCCCAGCAGCCAGCAAUGAUACCGCGGUCUUGAUAAUUCUUCUCGGCACCUCCACGUUCCAACGCGACGGACUCCCCGCUAUCUCCGAACCCUCCCCAGCGCACACGCUGCGCCGCCCCUGAAGCGCAACAAUGUCUACUUCGACCGACGCUGUGUUAAACGUCGACGACGUCGACAUAGAACAGGAGCUCCGAGCGCGCUCGCGCUCGCGCCACAAUGGCUCGUCCUCGAAGCUGCACCACACCUACGAGGGCCCUGAUAAGUCCGGCACCAGCUCGCCGAGCCCAGAGACGGACGAGGAAGCUCCGCUGUUGAGCGACGAUGGGGGAAGCAGUCGAGGAAGCAUAUCGAGUCGAAGUGAAGACGGUGCGCCGGAAUGGAUUGGGCUGGCGGAGAUUCGCGGCCUUCCCUGGUGGAAGAAGCCUUCUAUCUUCUGGUUACUUCCACCCUUCUUCCUCUUUACGCUGGCAUAUGGGUGCAUCAUCGUUCCUAAGCUGAAUCUGAUCAUGGAUCUCGUGUGCGACGAAUACUAUGAGUCGCAAGGUCCGAUAAGCGAUCCAUUGGACCCUGGGCAACAGCCGGAUCGAUGCCAGACGGACGCAGUAUCUUCUCGUUCUUCCCUCUUCCUCCUUUACGGAAACCUCUGCUCUGGAAUCCUGGCAGCUGUCACGAGUCCGAAGCUCGGUGCGCUCUCGGACCGCUACGGACGGAAAAAGCUGCUCUGCUUCACAACAUUGGGCGUCUUUUUCGGAGAAGUUUUGACCAUCUUGGCUGCCAAGUACCCCGAAACUGUCCACGUCAACUGGAUCCUGGUGGGAUACGCGCUGGACGGUCUCUCAGGCUCAUUCAUUCUCGGCAUGGCCCUUGCGCACUCAUAUGCCACGGACUGCACGCCUCCAGCCAAAAGGGCCGUAGCGUUCGGCUACUUCCACGCCUGCCUUUUCACCGGUAUAGCAAUUGGGCCCGUUCUCGCCGGCUACAUAAUUGACGCGCGAGAGAAGUACGUCGGCAAAACGGAAGCCGUGCUCCUAAUCUUCUACGCCGCGCUUGCUUGUCACCUCAUCUUCCUCCUGUUCUUGACACUGGCUAUACCCGAGUCGUUGACUAAAGCGCGUCAAGAAGCUGCUCGUGAGAAGCAUCGCGACGAGGUGGAGAGGCUGGGCCCGACUUCAGACUGGAUCAACCAACUGCGGUCCAUCAAUCUUUUGUCGCCCCUCAAGAUCCUGUGGCCCACCGGCCCCGGAUCCAGUUCAGCUCUCCGCCGAAACCUGGCUCUCCUCGCCGCAACAGACACCAUCAUGUUUGGUGUAGCGAUGGGUGCGAUGGGUGUCGUUUUGGUCUAUACGCGGCGCCAGUUUGGCUGGCAAGAACUAGAGUCCGGUCGAUUCGUCAGCAUUGUCAACAGCUCACGCGUCUUCACCCUGCUUGUCAUCCUUCCUUUGCUUACCCGCUUUGUGCGCGGGAAGGAUGGCGCGGCAAAACAGCGCAACUCAGGCUCGGACCGCUUCGACCUUUCGCUCAUUCGCCUUGCAGUCUUCUUUGACAUGUUAGGCUACCUCGGCUUCACCCUUGCCCGGAACGAGAGUCUGUUUGUCGCAUCUGGGGCUAUAGCAGCUGUUGGCGGUAUCGGUAGCCCGACGCUUGGGUCCGCGUUGACCAAGCAUGUCCCUCCCGACAGUGUCGGUCAGCUGCUUGGGGCUACAGGGCUACUGCACGCUUUUGCGAGAGUCCUAGGACCCACGAUCUUCAACGGCAUCUACAGCGCGACCGUAAGCAAGUAUAGGCAGACGGUCUUUGUUUGCUUGACGGUGACUUUCGGCAUGGCGUUUGUGUGUAGCUGGUUUGUUCGACCGCAUGUAUACCUUCCCGAAGAUGAUGGAAACCAUGCGCAGUCGUGGAGUGAUGAGCAGGAUGAAGAGAGGGCCUCUCGAUGAGCGCGUCCAACGACUUUCGUUUGACCUUCUUGCCUUCAUAUCGACAUGUUACUGAAUUAUUGUGGUAUAACUUAGCAGUGAGCGCUCUCAUUGUACCGCGUUUUGGAUACUCAUAGCGAGCGGCUGCUUUCGGUGGAUGGGUUGUAUAUACGGCAUAGAUUGGGCAUUUUGGAAGGCAAUCAUAGGACACUACUGGUAUUGUCCAAGCUACGACUCAUGAUCUUCCGGACGAGGGUAGUCUAUGUACUUGAAAUGGAAGCGCUUUGCCCCGGACGGACAGAGAUGCCGCUCUGGCCUCCCCCGAGGUUUUGCC